AUGGACCCCAUUGACGCCACAAGAAGAGUCAAUAGAACAGAAGGACCACCCGAGGUCGAAUGGAAUAAGCAUCGUGCUACGAUAGAAAAGCUGUACAUGGGAGAUGGGAAGACACUUGCCGAAGUGGCACAGUGGAUGCAAUUAAAUCGCAACUUUAAAGCGAAUACUCGUAUGUACCGGACUAGAUUCCGGGCUUGGAAAAUUUACAAGAAUUUAAAGUCUGAUCAAAAGACCAAAAUGCUUCUACAAAUCAUUGAGGGCCAGCCCCAGUCAACUACGCUCAGGGGGAUGCAGCUCGAUCCCAAGGAUCAGCGCAGACUUAGUCGACAUUUGAAGACUAUGGUCUCAAAGUUUCAAGAAAAGUCGUUGGACGGUAAUGAAAAUGAUGAUGAAAAAGUACAUGCGGAACUUAGUCAAAAGAAAGAGCCGGAUGACGACGCAGAUUCACUAAAGACUGCUUCCCCUGAACCAGGUGGUCCAAGUUCUGCAAUGCGCAAUAGGACCCCAGGAGUAAUUGAGCCUAUAAGAAUUGCAAAUCCAAUCCAACCGGGUCGAGAAUUCCGAACGGCAGAGCUCAUCUUCAAGACGAUAUCCGAGCUCUGCUUCGCCACGAAGUCAUGCAUCACAUACAAUACCACGGAGAGUACCUUCUGGAGCAACAUAACACAUGGCAUAUACUUCUUGAAGGUAGAUUCGCCGCACCUGGCAUGGCCCGUGAUCAACACCGCCUGCCAGGCCGCGACGAAGGAGAUCGCGGACAGCACCGGCCUAUUCAUCCUCGGCCUGGUCACAACCCUAGCUCCAGUCAACAUGGCUCUAUGUCAAGACCUGCGGCUCAGCCUGCUGAAGUACAUGGUAGAGCUCGCCGAGUCCAGCCUGGGCGCCCGCCACCCUCUCAGCAUUCUCGCGCGCGAGCUGCAGCGCCUCGACGAGCAGGACUGGGUGUCGGACUGCGCCCUCUCCUGCACCAUCGACAGCUUCAAGAAGGCGCUGGGUCCCGGCCACGACCUGACCUUCGCCGCGCAGCUGCGACGCAUCGCGACCCUGCGUCGCCUCGGUCAGUAUGAACAGGCCCUGACAUUCGGGCACACGGCCCUCGCUGCGGCGAAGGCCUCGCAUGGUGAUUCGUCGCUGCAGGCCCGCCGGAUCACACGAUACCUCGCGCACGUCCACAUGGACAUGAAGUCGUACACGGAGGCGCUCGCGCUGUGCCUCAGCGUCGUGGACGAACUGGGGCCCCGCGAAUGGGGCGCUGACGAGAGCCGGGUGGACGAGUGUGCUUUGUACGCCAUGGAGGACAUCGCCAAGAUCCAAGAGGCGAGCGGCGAUGCGGCGCAGAGUGUGGCCUGGCUCACACAGGCAGCCAUGAGCGCCGUCCGCCUUGGGAAGAGCGGGUCAGAGGCGUCCCAUGUUGUCGAGAAACUGGUGCGCGUCCUGUCUGAGAACGGGAGGGCGGAUGAGGCGGAACUGUGGAGGCGCUUUUCACCCGCCCCCUUGUCGGUGUGA